UUUGAAUAUAAAAUUGUCAAUGAAUCCAUAAUAUCAAUAUGACAUAUUUGUUAUAGGUGGAGGUUCAGGUGGUCUGACAGUUGUUGAUGAAGCUUAAAAGUUAGGUAAACGAGUAGGAUUAGCUGAUUAUAUCAAACCUAGUCCACAUGGAACAUAAUGGGGAACUGGAGGAACAUGUCCUAAUGUUGGAUGCAUUCCUAAAAAAUUAAUGCAUAUGACAGCAUUGAUUGGAGAAAUAAGACAUGAAUUAACAGCCACUGGUUGGUAAGGUAUCAAUCCUCAUUCAAAUCAUGAUUGGAAUACUUUAGUCAAUGAAGUAUAAAGACAAGUUAAAGGAAUCAAUAAAGCUAAUGAUGAUUGGUUGGUCACUACUAAUGGAAUUACAUAUUAUAAUAAAUUAGGUAUAUACAUAUAUAUAUGUAUAUCAUAGGUAAAUUAAAGGAUGAUCAUACUAUUGAACUUAUAGAUAAAGAUGGUUAAUUUGAAUUUGUAACUGCAGAAUAUAUAUUGUAGAUACUUUUCUUUUAAUUUUAUUAUUUAUUAAUAAUAAUAAUUAUUAUUAUUAUAUAAAUAUUACCUAAUUUACCACCUAUCAGAUACAUUAAUUAAAGAAUUUGGAUCCUUUUAAGUUUUUAGCAAUAUUUAGAUUCAAAAUAUAUUGCAUCUAAUACUUGA